AUGUUCCUCAGAGGCGCUUCUUUCAUCAAUACGUUGAUAAUUUUAACGUGGAAUUCACUUAGCAUCUACGGUAACCCGAUAGAUAACGGACUGAGCAAAUCGGUUGAUCUACUUCUGAUUCUCGAUGGAUCUGGAUCAGUUGGGGACGAGACUUUCCAAAACCAGGUGGCGUUUGCCAUGCAUCUUGCUCAACGCCUAAAUAUCUCGGAAGCCGGAAGUCGGAUGGGACUUGAAUGGGCGAUCCAACGGAUACCGUUUCUUUCUGGGGCAACCAACACAGGACAAGCGUUAAAAUUCGCCUUAUCAAAAGGAUUUGAUGGCGCACGCGGUGGCAGCGUUCCGAAGGUGGCAGUCGUAGUUACAGAUGGGCAAAGUCAGGAUGAUGUGGCAUCGCCUUCUCAAUUGCUUCGUGAUGCUCACGUGCUAGUUUACGCCGUCGGGGUGACCAAUCUUGUCAACGUCCAUCAAUUGCAUCAGAUGGCCGGAAAUCCACAACGUGUUUUCACUGUCGAAUCUUUUGAACAGCUGGACAAGACGUUAGCUGAUGCCCUGACCUGGGAUAUGUGCAAAACAGAAUUCCGUAUAUACAACUCGACCACAGAACAGGUGUAUUUAGGACCGGGAACGCCGGAUAUUAUUUGUGGGCCAGAUCGAAUUGGCGUGCGUGCCUCGACGAAAAAACCUUUUGACGGAUAUGUAUUUGUGAUGGAUCAUUUUCACGAAGAAGACUGUAGAGCUGGCCCUGAGAAAUUUAUGGAUCCGCGAUCAAUUGGGAUUACCGUACCAUUUUCUUCUUGUAACGUGCAUCGGUACCGUUCGUUAAAUCCACGAGGCAUUUUCGUCGAAAUGACAGUCGUUUUUAUGUUUCAUAGCAUGUUUAUGACAAAGGUGGAUCAAAUGGUGAAAAUCCAAUGUUUCUAUAUGGAAUCCGAGAAAACGGUCAACGUUCCGCUGUCUGUUAGCAUGUUAACGACACAAUUCCGGGAAAAAGUAUACCAGAUGCCGGUUUGUACCUAUACUCUGCGGAAAGGAGCCCCGGACGGACCGAUUGUUCGAUACGCUAGCCUUGGAGACUCGGUUUUUCAUCGCUGGGAAUGCCUUGAAGUCGAAGAGAAAGAUACGUUUGGGAUGCUGGUUCAUUCCUGCUAUGUCGACAACGGUUAUGGCGAUAAAGUGGAUGUGCUUACGGAGAAUGGGUGCGGACUCGACGCGAUUAUAUUGGAGACCCCGGAUUAUGACAGCUCGUUGAGACUGGCAACCAGGCCAUAUCAUGUGUUCAAAUAUGCCGAUCGGCCUGUCCUCCAGUUUCAAUGCCAGAUAACAUUGUGCAUUAAAUAUGGUGGUGGAUGUGAUGGUGUCACUCCCCCCGUUGGAUGUCCGAAUUUAACGGCGCAUCUACACAAUCAUGCGCAUGCUCAUAUGCACUCGGUCCGAAGAAAACGAAGAGACAAUGGCGUUGGUACCCUUGACGUCUUUACUGAAGCGGUCACGAUCUUGGAGGAGCUUCCGAACUGCAUGACUCUGGCCAGACCGAUCGAUAUGCGAUUGAUCGUCGCGGUUUCCGUGGGCAAUGUCCUAAUCUUCCUGAUCAGCGGGCUAUUGUGCAUCCUUUCUCGUCGUCGUUCGAUUGCUACAAAACUU